AUGUAUUCACAAACUCAUCCCAAAAUGACAUUGGAAGACGAUGAUACGGCCGAACGCAAAACUCCAGCAAAAAGCAUAUUGAAAAACAAAAACACCAAUGCCUCCACGACAUCGGUCCCGCUCAAUGACAGCCCUUCGGAUGCGCUGCUCAAGCUUCAAAAUAGACGGGUCUCUUUCGCAGAAAAGGUGAAGCUCCAUCAAAUCGAUAUCGUCCCCGUGUCUCAAGGAAGCACGGCCGAAGGCAACUCGAGCGAUGGCGACUCAGAAAGCGAAGACUUUGACGAAAGUUUUCUGAGGCUCGAACAAGCCGCUGACAGCAUAGCGGAAGCCAUUUCGGAUCAACAACCUAAUGAUUCAGAGGAAGAGACAAUGGAUCUCACGGGCCAGAUUGCGCCCAUUGUAGAUCCCGAUCAGCUUGACGGGGUUCUGAAAUUCAAGGCGGCCGACGGAACUCAGAGGCAAACAUCCACAGAGCAAGACCCACCACAAAUUUCCCUGGAUAUACAACUGCCACAAGAGAACGGGCGACAAGAUACACACAAUGAAACACAAGAGCCUGAAUCAGCCAACCUAAGAGAAAACACGCCAACGAGCAUUCAACCAGAGACACAAAAUUCCCAUGGCUCCUCUGUGUACCCAGACGAGGAGGAUAUGGAUUUGACCACGCCUGUUAAUGCAUAUCCCAUCACGAACCCGACUCUGCCCUCCACCAAUAGCGCUGAGGGACUGUUGCAGGAGUCGUCUCAGGCCCUGGAUAUACAAGCAACCAGCACACAAAAUCCUGAACACCAAAAUGAAGGGCCCAACACCGUCACUCAUCCUCCCGCGCUCGCUGACAUCCAGGAAGACGAAGUAACUAUGGAUUUGACAAACCAAACUCAGAUACCACAGGCUCAGGCUCCUGCCAUUCAAACGCAAAACGGUACCCACUCGAACAAUCUCGAUCUGAACCCAGAUCAAAUUACAAAAUCUCCACAAGCUACUCAGGAGGAGAUCACGAUGGAUCUCACCAAAGUUUAUGAAAAACCGAAAGAACCUUCACAUCCUCUGGAUCCUACUGUGCUCAGUCCCAUUUUCCCGAGCGUUGUCCUAUCCGAAGGAGAUGAAGAUGAACCCAUGGAGUUAACACAACCUAUGAUGCCAAUGGACAAAGCAGACUUCACUCUACAGUCUUCAAAACCAAACGGAGAUGCCUUUACAAAUAAACAGUCCGGUCAAAGAAAUGCUAAUACCACUAAUGAUGACGCUAGUAAUGGCAUACUGACUGCAGAAGUUGAGAACCGUAUUAACUCAGAAAUCAAUGACCGUUUAUCUACAAUGGAUUCAUCUGAAGUGAAGAACUCACCAGAAGCAAACGGAAGCUCAACACAGAAAAGGACAGGUGAAGAGAAUGAUUUAACCCAGCAAUCACCUUUAAUAAUAACAAACGAAGGCACAAAUUCUGAGGAUGUUUCCCACCCCAAAUCUCCUUCGUCCAUGACUCAUCCAGCUGAUACCAGCGUCACACCGAGAAUCCUGAUCCACCGAAACGAACAAUUUCUAUACCAGACGGUCACGCCCGAUAUGGAUGGGCCAAAUGCAGAACAAACAGCCGAAUUGAAAAGGAAAGCUGAUUCGACAACAGCACAGUUUCAGAAGAAACCGCAUUGGGAAACACAAGUUGUUACUUCCACAAUCCCACUAGCAGAUGUAUCGAUGCAAUCUGAUGACAGCGACAAUGAGCGCUGGAAUACCCCAAUCCCUCACUUCACACUUACAGAUUUCUUGAAAGAAAUUGGAAUCAAAUUCUACGACGAUUUAGAAUUUAGAAUAGACCUAUCCACAAGGCAAACACUCUCGAUAUCGGAGUCUGCUGAGGAAAAGCUGAAGGAAGACUACUACCGUGCGAAUAUUCAACUUCCUCUUUUGGAAGUUUAUGAGCUUAGUUGUAAAGAACUAGCGGGAAAAAUCCAGCAAGGUAAGAAAUUAUUUGACGAGCUUCAAGAAAAGACACUGAAUGAUAACCCUGAGUUAUUCAAACUUUAUUACCGCGCCUCUUUCUAUGACCAAAUGAUGUUAAAAGCCCGCUUCCACCUUUUGAAAGAGUACACACGGCAACAGGCAAAGCUGAUAUGGUACCAGUGGCGAAGCAAACUAAUACAAAACAUUUUGGAAGUGCUCCAGGGCAACUUGGAAAUCUUGCAAUCGGACAAAACAAUUCUCAUCAAUAAUAUUACAAUUCUCGAUGGACUUUAUGAUGAGAUGCACAGAAAAUCUCAGGCCUUGCGCCUUGAGGUGUUGCAAUUUAAAGAGAUUCAAUCAACGUUCCAAGAUUUAGACGCUAACCAAAUCAAGAGAAUCAAGUUGCAACUUACGGAGUUGAAUAACCGACUUUUAGAGCAUAAAAAGAAGAUAAGUGAAAAGGAGGAGGAGUUACACAAUCUAGAAGAUCAAAUUCGUUUGCGUAAUGAUGAGAUCCAAGGUUUGCAGAAGGAGAUUUCCGCAGCUGAAAAUCAACUUGAUGAAACUAAGCACUUCAACACAAAAGAAAUUGACAUUCUCAAGAAUAAGUCACGACUUCUUCAAGCUGCAGCGGGCUUAAAGUUUGUGAAGAGCAUUUCUGAGCACAUUGAUGAAUUCGAGUUUAAUUCCGAGAUUGGAGUGACGAUUGACUUUUCGAAACCCGAGGCGUCCGAGAGCAUCAUGUUUCGCUUAUUGAAUCUGGAAAACAAGGUGUUGUACAAUCCCAAGCUACUUGAGUACUACUGUCUGGACUUGGUGGAGGCGACGGGAUUUACCAAUAUUUUUGAAUCAUUCAUCAACUUCCGCAAAAAAUGGGACAAGCUAACAUUGAUUGACGAGGACAUGUACAGAAUAGCUCUCAAAUAUCCGUUAAGCAUAUUGAAGACUGAGGAAAAGGAAAUUCAAUUCAAGUUCCAGUACUAUUCGUUCGAAGACAAGAUCAAAACGAACGUCGUGGUUCGCAUACCGUUAAAGUCGAUUCUACAAUAUCCUGAUACAGCUAACAUCGAAGUUGAUAAAUUGGCGGAAACGCGUCUGAUACUGGUUUUCGAACAAGACAUGCAAAACACUUUACCGGUUUCUCUCCGCCAUAGAAUCAACGGUGCAAUAUAG